GGCAGCAUUUCCAUCACGUUAGAGAUUUUUACGUUGACCUUUUGGUAUUCUGUAUUUUCGCGACUAACGUUAGAUCAUUCACAUGACGCGUUUGAUUGACAGAUUACCGAUGACACGACUGGCCGCGAACCUAACUUCUUCAAGUAGUUAAUCGUCAGCGUUCAUGAACUGAUCUCUAAUGUAAUCCGUUGUUUUUUUUGUUCGAGGUACAGCUGUCUCUUUUCAGCAACGACUUUGCUGGUGUGUGUUCGAUCAACGUGUAAUGAUCUGUACGGUGAAUUUAAGUGAACGUAUGCAAUUUGAGGCACCUGUAGCUGUGCCUGUUCGUUGUAAACAUUAAAGUACCAGGAAUACACGACGUAACAUGGAAGGAGGCAUACUAGAAAGUCCAGAUAGAACUCUGGACAGAUCUGACGAUGAAAUCGCCUUACGAGGAUUUUGCAGCCCUAAAAAACUGCCAUUUAGAUUUCUUGGACUGGCAAUGAUGUGCCUGACAGGUUUCGGUUCAUACUUUUGUUAUGACAACCCUGGAGCUUUGCAGGAUAAUUUUAAAAAUGACCUAAGGAUGUCAACUAGUAGAUUUGUUCUACUUUAUUCCAUUUAUUCAUGGCCAAACGUAGUACUUUGUUUUAUUGGUGGAUUCUUGUUGGAUAGUGUUUUUGGUAUACGCUUAGGCACAGUUAUAUACAUGGGACUCACUUUAAUUGGACAAAUAAUAUUUGCAAUGGGAGCUAUGGUUAAUGAGUUUUGGGUUAUGAUGCUUGGACGUUUUAUUUUUGGUAUUGGAGCAGAAUCACUGGCUGUUGCACAGAAUAGUUAUGCAGUUUUAUGGUUCAAAGGAAAGGAACUGAACAUGGUAUUUGGAUUACAGUUGAGUUUUGCACGAGUUGGAUCCACUGUAAACUUUCUGGUAAUGGAACCAAUCUACAAUUAUGUGGCUCAGUAUUAUAAAGGACCAGAGUGUAUUGGCAUAGUUCUCUUUCUUGCUACUCUCACUUGCGUGGGUUCUAUGAUCUGUACAUGCAUAUUGGGUUUUAUGGAUAAACGCGCCGAGAGAUUAUUGAGAAGAGGGGAAGGACAAGAAACUGAAGCUGUUAGUUUAACAGAUGUUAAAGAUUUUAAGCUAAUAUUUUGGUUAGUCGCUUUCAUUUGCAUUGCUUAUUAUGUCGCAAUAUUCCCGUUCAUCGCCUUAGGAAAAGUAUUUUUUGAACGGAAAUACGCAUUCGAACCAUCAAAUGCAAACAUAGUUAAUUCUCUCGUAUACUCUAUAUCAGCCAUUGCAUCUCCCAUUUUGGGAUAUGUUGUUGAUAGAACUGGAAAGAACGUGUCAUGGGUAUUUAUUAGUAUUCUAGCAACUAUAGUAGCUCACGGACUACUAGCAUUCACGUACGUGGAUCCUUAUAUAUGCAUGAUUAUAAUGGGAUUAUCAUACUCUAUGCUUGCCAGUAGUUUAUGGCCAUUGAUCGCUCUUGUUACUCCAGAAUAUCAGCUUGGUACUGCUUAUGGAAUCGCACAAGCUGUACAAAACUUAGGUUUAGCAGUAGUUUCCAUUUUAGCUGGUAUGAUUGUUGACCAUGGUGGUUACUUCAUGCUUGAGAUGUUCUUCUUAGGCUGGUUAUGGAUUUCAUUAAUAACUACUGUUGCAAUCUGGCUUUUGGAUGCAGCAACGGGUGAUAGUUAUUUGAAUAUGACACCAAAUCAGAGAGAAAAAUAUGACGCAAUUCGGCGUUCACCUGAAAGCCUCGAGAGAGAGAAAUUAUUAUCUCCAGAAUCUACUUCAGAUUUAUCAACUGAUGAUCUUUUACAGCCUCAGUCUGAUAUUAGUAUAAGAAAUCGUUAUCUUGCGCGUAUUGGUGGAAUGAUACCGCCUCAUCUCAAAGCGCCAGUUCAUCGACCAUUACGAUGAUGCAUUUUCUAGAAUCAAAUUUGAAAUAUAAAUAACUGUGCUCGUGUAAAAUCUUGUUAAGAAGAUUUGCUCACUGUGUCUUCCUCUCACACAGCAUUAAUCUGUGAUAAUUUCUUAAUUGAUAUGUUCAAAGCCAAUCAUCAUUUCUGACAAGUCGAUAAAUCGAUUUUUAAUUGAUAGUUAAUAAAUGUCAGUGGUUGAUAAAUGACAGAUCUGUAUCAUUUGUUUUAGCAUUAACAAAUUUUAAUAAUACAACUUAUUAAGUCCAAUGAGGUAGCAUGUUUGUAAUGCAAGUAAAUCAAGAAUAAUUUUUUAUCUCUUGUUUUAACAAGAAAUAUACAUAUAUAUAUAUGUACAGGUUUUUAAUUGCUAAUUUUUUAACAAUGUAAGAAGUUGUAAUAUGUAAGUAUAGGUUAUUGUUAGUGUAAAUGAUGUAUGUUUGAACAAAAAGAAAAAUAAUGUGAUUGACUUUAUAUGGCUUUCUUUUACAGCUGCUAAUAUUAAUCCAAUAUAUAAUUACAUAAUUUCUUUUAUAUUAAAGCUUAGUGACUGUAAAAUAAGAAAGAAAUUCGUGGAGUGUUUUUUACACUGUACGAUAUAUGCUAGUAAUUAUGAAAGUAAUCUAAGUCAUAAUUUUAAAACAACUUAUAUCAUUUCUAAUUUAGUUUACAAAUGUUUUUAAAAAGUCUUUCCACAAUAUAGUAAAAUUAAUCAAUAUAGUACAAAUAAGUGGAAAGCUGACUCCUGGAAUUUGACUUAGACCAUUUUCAUAAUCACCUGCAACUAACAAAAGAUGUAUUUUAUGCAUGUAAAAUAUCUGAUUAUGUUUAAGAAAUAUACCUGUAUUUUACAUACAA